AGUCUCCUCUUGGCUCAAGCCCUCGAAGAAAAAACGCGAAAGCACCGAAACCGCCCGAGCUCGACUGAAACCGCCAUGGAGAGACCUCACGUUGUCUUCAUGAACGUACCGGCCACGGGUCACAUGAACCCCACCCUGGCGCUGGUGCGCGAGCUCAGGGACAAGGAGGUGCCGGUGACCUACUUUGUGCACGAGACGAUGCGCGAGGUUGUGGAGGCCAACGGCGCCCAGUGGCGGGCCAUGCAGGAUCCGACGGAACUCACCGACGAGCAGCUGGCCCGGUACGUGCCGGAGGCGCAGCCGGAGGGCAAGGAGUUCCCCUGCAGCCUGAUGGUCCAUGCCGCAUCCAGCCUCCCGGCCAUCCUGGAGGCCCUGAAGGGGCUACAGCCACCGCCCAGCGUCCUUGCCCCUCGCCUACGUGGCGGCGCGGUAUCUGCAGGUGCCCUCAGUGGCCACGGUGACCAUCACGGGCCCGGGGGUGCUGGAGAUGCCUCUGGUGGUGCGGCAGAGCUGGGAGGCGAACCUCGCGGUCCAGCGGGCCAGCGAGGAGAUCAAGGCGAAGUACGGGAUCGACGUCUUUGAGCAUGCCGCCAUGAUGGAAUUCUACUCCCCUGCAGGACCUGAACAUCGUCACCACCGUGGACUCCUUGUUCUCCCCCCCGAAGCUCGAGAUGCAGCUGCAGCGCUUCGGGCAGGUGCCCUUCCGCUGCGUGGGGCCCUUGGUGAACCAGAAGGGCCCGCGCAUCAGCAACGUGGAGAUCAAGGAGCAGCCAGCACUGCCCUGGGACCAGAUCGACACCUCCAAGCCCCUGGUGUUCUUGUCCUUGGGCACCGUGGCCAACAGCCACUUCUGGACCAACAAGUUCGGGCACCAGGCGAGCUCCAACGGGGUGCAGGACCUCACCGGCAAGGAGUUCAUCCAGCUGGUCUUCCGCACCGCCUUCGAGGCCUUCGAAGAUGAGGAGGUCUUUGUGGUCAUGGCGCUGGGCCCGAAGGAGGACGCGCUCGAGGGCCUGGAGAAGCAGCCGCCGCAGAACUUCCUGCUGCAGAAGUCGGUGCCGCAGCUGGAGGUCUUGGCCAAGUGCCAGGCCUUCGUAACUCACGGGGGUGCCAACUCCAUGCACGAGGCCCUGGGCUUUGGCGUGCCCAUGGCCGUGGUGCCCAUCUUUGGGGAUCAGCCCUCCAACGCGGAGGCGGUGGCCAAAGCCGGGUGCGGCGUCUCCUUCAAAGAGCCUCUGAAGACUCUCAGCCCCCAGUCGCUGCGUGCGGCGGUGCGGCAGCUGAUCGCCCCAGACAGCGCCUUCCUCGCGAGCUGCGCCAAGCUCCGGAAGCAGAUGGCGCAGGCGGGGGGCGCGGGCAAGGCGGCUGAGCUGGUGCUGGCGGCGGGGUGCGCGCCGAGCUCCAAGCUGGGCGGCGCCUGAGCUGGCGAAGUGAUUUGGCAGGGUCUGGGUUGCUUGGUGACUUUUCCUGGAGCCAAGAGUUGCACAAAGCGGCCUUGCUGCUGGGCGAGCCGUGUUUUUUUUCUUAUUGCACUUGUACAGCGUGCGAUGCCUUGCACAGAGGCCGGCAGGUUCCCUGGAUUGUGCAGCCGAACAUGCGGCGCGCAUGCAGACGUGAGCGCGGGCCAGUAAGCAGCCAGGGCUGCUUCUGAAUUCGACACACUUCGAUUGCGGGCCUUCAGCUACAGAGCUGAGCCUAAGCAUCAGCAACCGAAUCAUUUCUCGCUGGUCACGCAAGCUGACUUGUAAAGAGCUCAGGGAAUGGUUCCG